UUCCACAUCGUAAAAACAAGGUCUCAACCACAUUCUUCGGUCGCCAGAACCGGCGCGUAACCACCUUUUAGCAGCGUUCAGAAAGCAGACAAGUUUCAGAAACUUCACAGGCUUGUAUUGUCAGAGUAACCGCAGAGUGAGGUGGCAGUAUUAUUCAUUCGAUCGCGUCAGCUACAUUUCCGUACCAGCUUGUUGCUUGCCGAAGAGGAUGGACAGGGGCGGUUUUAAAAAUAUGUAGUCGUGCAAUUAAAGCUGGAAACGGUACUCUCUUGCUCACACCUUCGAUUGUUGUGUGAUAUAACCUCAAUAUGAAUAAAUAUGCGUAGUUGAAAUUAUUUGGUGACAUGGUGAAGAAUUUCAUGAAACCAGAAAAACUAUUCGCAAACGAGUGUUCAUUUGUAAAAUUACAGCGAAUAUAAGAUAGUUAUAAAAUCGGAAAAAAAAUCCAUGUGUAUUUCGUGAUUUUAAUAACGUCUUUUGGGUGUGCUUGAUGCAAAUCGAGUAGAAAUGGUUAAAGUACCGGCUAGAAGCAUGCUGCGUCAGCAUUUGGAAUGCCGUUAUAGUGAAAAUGUAAUCCACUGGGAACACGUUUAAUGUUGAAACACAUACAUUCUGGCCCCGUGUCUAGUCAAAAUCGGACAGCACGGGGUCUAAGUCGAGUGGGUCAACCACUGAAUGUAUCAACAGUUUCAGCCAAUUCAGUGACGUCGUCUUCAGCGAAACACAUGAAUGGUGGUCCUCCAAGGCUGCUGUCGUCGUUCAUAACGCCAUUGCCUUCGGUGUCAUCGAAUAAUAACAACAAUCAUAAUGCCAACUCAACUACGAAUAAUAAUAUAUUGAGUAGUACUACUGUAAAUAUAAAUAAGAAUAGACUAGGCGCACGAGAAGCUUUAACAAGCUUGGGAUUAUUAUGUUUAGUGUCUCUCCUGUUGGCUUUAUUAUCGUUGAUAUUUUUGUUGAAAAUUUCACCCGGAGGACGGGAACCACCUCCACCAACGGUUGGCCAGGCGGUACUCGAGGACUACGCCAUCGUAUAUGAUGUGACUCUAGCACUGUGUGCUCUUUCGCUAUCAUUGAACUUGUGCUGUCUGCUAGUGUGUGCUAUUCAAUUCUUAUUUGCUGUUAAAUUAGUUCGUGCACCUGCAACUACCGGAAGAGGCAAUAAAUACUUACAAAAAUCAAGUGUCAGUCGAGUUUGUGCCGUUGGAGGAUUUUUUAUAUCUAUUCCAAUAUUUUUGACAGGUAUUAUUUUAUACACCUUCACGCAGUUCCAUUCAACACCGGCAAUAAUAACUAGUAUUCUGAUCGGCGUAGGAAUCGUGUUUUGUGGUGGAGCUAUGGUUCAUAAUGUAUUUGUGUGGCAGAGAGAGAAAACUAUUAGUGUACGGCAGUCCCCGUUGAAUUUAAAUUUAACACUUUCCCCCCAGAUAAGCACGAUUUCUCACCCUACGCAAUACUUAAAUCAAAAUGGACACGCGACGCAUCUAAGUUUAAAUCAUAGCAACCCAAACCAUACAAAUCAUACUCCUGUCACACAGUUAACACCAGUUACUCCCUUAUCCGGUAAUCAUUCUCACAUCAGUUUUAACCAUUCUUACAUACCCUCAUAUGGUGGCAUUCGUGCUGCAACUGCGACACCACCCACACCUAAAGUGACCGCGUUAAUUAGUCGAGAUGCAACCGGAUCGGUGAGUCCUGGCAUGUCACCCAACAUAAAUUCAACCGUACUUGAUAUUAGCAACGUGACUACCACAAAUUCACCUCAUGAAUUAUCCACACUUGUGUGAGACUUAAGUGCUUGGUAUAUUAUAUUUAUCGUUCCUUAAACAUAGAAGAACGUUUUUAGACAACCAACUAAAAGUUGGCAAGGUGUUUUUUACUUCAAUGUUGCAAAUAGAGCAGGAGUCGGUAACCUGUUGCUCGGGCCACAUGCAUUUUUUUAUUUUAAGCUACGGCAAGAGACAGUUCCAUAUGCAAAUUUUAUAUAUAUUAUGAAGUCAAGUAAUAGGUUUAAGUCGACAAGAAAAAAUGUGUGACUUUUCGAAAACAUGCAAAAUUUGUAAAUAGUAACAUUUCAUUUUGUCGAAUCCAACGGUUCCUGACCCCCGAACACGAACAUUUCACCGCAUAAUCAGGAAUACAGUAUUUAGAUACAGCUAUUUUUCAGUUCUUAUGUUAGAUGAAUUUAGGAUGGUGACUGAAUAGAGUUUUUCCUGUGGUAGUUAAUUUACCUUGUCGAUUAGUGCUGAUUAGAAUUUGUAUAAAAUUUUAGACUGCUGUUUAAAUAUUAAUAGCAUAAAGUUGUGUAUUGGUAUUACUUCAAAAACGAGGUUUCAGCCGAGUACAAAAAAAACUUCUAUUGUUAUUGACGUUUGGAAGUAUAUCAAUUUUAUUUUAACAAAUUCUUAUUGUCUAUGCCUACCCCGAUAAUUUUGGAGGCACAGGUUACUGUUCUUCAACAUUCCUCCUGAAGCUGUUGCCUUCAAAUCAGCAAUACCAUCGCCUUUCGAUUAUUUUGAAGCUUGAUUCGUUGGAGUGGUUCAAACCAUCUUCUACUUACUCAUUUGUUUGAACAUAGAAAAGGUAGACAAUUCUUGGAUCCAGUGCAUCAUGGAUGAAGUGGUGACGGAUGUCGAUAUGCUUCGUUUGUGGUGUGUUUCCGCCAUUGCGAGCAAUACAAAUAGUCCUCUGGUUGUCACAUCGCAGUGAGUUCGAUUGGGUCCAUUUCUCUCAGUUGUGAAAUCAGUCCGUCCUAUCAAGAUGCUUCUUGUACAGCAGCAGACUGAGCCAUGAAAUCUGCCUCACAGGUCGAUAGCAAAACAGUAGUGUGCCGUUUACAGCUCCAGGAUAUUGCUACUUCUUGCAGCAAGAAUAUGUAGCCGCUCGUUGAUAUCCUGUUAUCUAGAUCUGACGCCCAGUCUGCAUCGGAAUACAUGAUAAGUUUUGAGUUGGCAUUCGUAAAAUAGCAUAGCUUCAUCAUCGAUGUUCCUCUCAGGUAACGUAAGAGAUGCUUGACUGCUUGCCAGUGUAUUGGUCCAGGAUUAUUGUUGAACCUAUUCAAGAGGUUGACUGCAAAUAGGAGUGGUCUGGUCUAGUGCACUGUGAAUGAUACAUUAGUCAUCCAAUAGCUUCUUGAUAUGGCAUGUUCUUCAUCUUCUCAGUUUCCUCAGGUGUCUUUGGUGACAUUUCCUUCAUCGGAAUGGUAACAGCUUUCGCAUCCUGCAUGUUGAAGCGACGCAAGACAGAAUUGAUGUAAGUUUCUUGAUCCAGUAUGAAAGAAUUCUUCUUGCGUCAGCAGGUCCCAAAUCUUUCAUGCGAAAUCUACUGCUCACCUUGUUCUUGACAUUAUUCUUUAAUUGGUCGUCGUUGGAGAAUAUCAGCACAUCGUCGACAUACACGAUAAUAAAAAGUGAUCCAUCCCAUCUUGGAUCUGAAUCGAAACUUUUCAAUGCAGUAUCGAACUUGAUGUUCCAGAUUCUACUUGACUGUUUGAGUCUAUACAGCGCCUUGUUUAAGCGGAAAACUAGGUGGUACUAAGCUUUUCUGAUUUCACGGAACUGGGGGGACUGAUCCAUGUAGAUCAGUCUUCUUCCAAAUCUCCCUGAUAAAACGCCGUUGUGGCAUCCAUCUGGUCUAUUUAUACUUAGCUGCUAGUGCAAACAGAUACCGUAGUGAACUGUGACGAACAACGAGAUAAUAGCUUUCGUCGUAGUCCACCCCCUUUCGCUGCGAGUAUCCUUUUAUGACCAACCAAGCUUUAUAGCGGCAGAUGUUUCCAUUGGCAUCACGCUUGCAUUUAAUUUCUACUCUACCUUCCGGUAGCUUUGUCAGCUGCCAAGUGUCGUUGUUUGUCAGUGCCUCGUAUUUUCCUUCCAUUGUCAGGAAUCGUUCCUGGAUAACGCUUUUUGAUGCGUGACGCCGCGAUAUCAUCUACGAAGACAAUGUAGUAUCUAUUACCACUAUGUGACUUUAGUUCCAUCGGGCUGAAAGGAUGCCGACAUUGCUUUCCCAUUGGACAAACUCUGCAGUUUUCCUUGCUACCACCGUUAACUAGUUUUCGAAUGCUUUUGAUGUUCAUGUGGCUCAAUCUCCGAUGCCAAACCUCCAAGCUUACCGCAGACAAGCAAGCUAAAGCGCUUUUUAUAUCCUGCCGAUCCUGGUACAGUUUGAAAAGAUUGUUUUCAUGGAUUCCGGUCGCUAUCACGUCGCCAUCCUUAUCAACCACUCUACAUCCAUGGUUGGUGAAAAUAACAGUAUGUCACAAUUUGACUCACAGAGAAUAGGUUUACACUGAGAUCUGGUAAUAAUUGAAUCUUCUCUAUCGGAAUGACUUCGCGAUAUCGUGGUUUCAAAAUUGUCGAGCCUGUUUACAGCACUUUCAUACUACCUCCGUUCACAGCUACAUCUGUUCCAGAGAAUUGCUUCAUAUUCUUCAAGAGAUUCUGAUUCCGGGUCAUAUGCAUGCUUUCACCCGAAUCGAAGAACCAGUCAUCAACUCGAGAGGAACUAAAUGUUGAAAGAACUGCCCAAAACGCGUUACUUUUUUGUUAUGACAUAUUGCAGUCUCUCGCUAUGCGCCCGAGCUUCUGGCAUUUUCGACACUUUGGUCCUUUCGAAGAAUUAGAUUUCUUAGUUCGCAUUCCACUGUGGUUUCCUCUCUUGCCUGUAGCUAGCGCUAAUUCCAUCGAUGACACUUACUGUCUUCGAUGACACUUACUGUCAUCGGCACAUGUUACUGUUCUUCAAUAGUACCAUAGAAUGUACAUAUUAGCAAGUUCUACACAUUCUUCCACAGAGCGAAUUUUAAAACGGCUCCUCUUAUUGUAGUAAAACCUUUUCACAAAAAAAACUUGACUCCAAUGUACAAAGUAUAAAUUAAGAACAUCGUUAAUAAAUUCAAUGUACAGCUCAAUUUUUUUAAGUUGUAAUUUUAUUUAUUUAUUACAGUUAUUUGUUCUAUGUUAUAGAGAAAGCGCACAAUUCCGUGGCAGGUAGUAUGUAAGAUGAUAUUAGAUGUUAAAUAGUAACAUAAUUGUAUAUUGUUAAAACACUGGACCGAAAUAAAUUUUUCGUCGUUUUAAAACCUUA